GCCCCUUAAUUUCAAAAUUAUAAUAAUUCAGAGGGAGGAGGUUUACAUUUUCCAUUUCAAGGAAGGCUCCUGCCUUCCUUAGCAGACGCCUGAUUUUUCAAACCGAGGCAUUUGGAAAACUCAUCAGUGGAGGUAAGUGCUCUGUAGCUGGAUUAAUGAGUAACCUCUCCUUCAGUGAGUUGCUGGUGCCCUGCAGUGCAGGCUUUGGGGCUGGGUUUCCCUCUCUGUGUCCCAAACCCUCUGUGUUUCCACUCAGCCCCAGGAUGAGCCUUUCCCCCAGCCAGCUGCAGCUGCGGGGGCUGCUCUGUGUCCCAGAGCUCUGUGCUGUGCCAGCUGCUCUGCAGAAAGAUCCUAAGCGUGGGCAGAAAGUGCAAGAGACCAGCCCGUGGAGUUAUUUUACCCUUUUUGCUCUGAUUGUUGGGGGAAACCAGGUGAAGCAAGGCUCACACCCAUGGCAGGGUUGCACAAGUGAACGUGGUUUUAUCUGCAGAACAAAGCGCUGGAGAAGAGAAGGAUUUGGGGUGACCUCAAUGCAGCCUUCCGAUGGACUGCUCCCUCAGGUGUUGUAUGAAGUCACUCUCCCAGUCCUAAACAGCAGAGAGUGUUCAAGAGCACUGUCAACUUCAAUGUAAUCCAUCCAAGGUGACACCAUAGUGUGUGUUGGAUUUCCAGAUGCAGGAAGAGAUGCCUGCCAGCACACAGGACCCCUUUUGUGCUGAGGCAAGCCUGGGGCCUGGAGCCUUGCUGGUGUCAUCUCCUGGGUGGGAUGUGCCUGCAGCUGGACAGGGAGUGAGAAGAACAAACAUUACAACAGAGGAUCCCUGGGAACAUUCCCAGACCUCAGCAGGGUGUUGUGCUGGCUUCAGGAGAACAUGAGUGCUGAUCUGAAAGUGGAAAGCUCCACAGUGUUUUGUAGUGUUUAGGGUGGCAAACUCUGCAAGAGUGAAGGGGAAUUACAUUUUCCUGGAAGGCCUGAACUCUAUCAAAACCAUCAAUUGUGUGUAUGGACUCUAUUUGUGCCAGAAGGGAAUUACAUAUGCCUUCGUUUCUCCCACUUUUUCUGGCCAGAAACGUCCUGUGAUUAUGAUUCUUUAUCAGUCUAUUCAAAAGAUGACAGACUCAUGGGGGAGUUUUUGUCCCCUUGGAAAUUCUGUGGAGGAGAUCUUCCAUUACCUCUUUUGAUUGGCUCCAAUAGCAUAAGGCUGAAAUUUGUUUCUAAUGAUGAGGAUUAUGGAACUGGUUUUUCCAUUACCUACAAAGCUCUUACACCAGAUAUUCUUCCUGGUAAGUUUAGGCCAAGUAAUGUGCCUGCCUACACUCUUGGGUGGGGACCUGGAAAAAAAAGUCAAGAGAAAAUAAACCAGAGGAAACUCCUGUGGUAUUUCCGUGUGGAUGAUGCUUCCAUGGGGGAGCCUUGCUGCUGGCUGUCCUCCUUGAAGAAGGAGAGUAUGCACUGCCCAGAGCACUACAGCAACCUGGCAGGCUGUCAGUGGAUUAUCUGUGCUCUAGAGGACCACGUAGAUGCUUGUGGGAUGCCUUCAAAUCAGCCCAGGUUCCUCUUCAGUAGGAUAACAGAAGGUGAAGAAGCUGUGCCCUACUUGUGGCCUUGGCAGGCCAGUGUGCAAACUGCAGAUGAGCACAUCUGUGGAGGAGCAGUCCUUGCCCAAGAAUGGCUCGUCACAGCUGCCUUCAUUCCAGGCGAGUGCACCUCGCAUUCCCGAGUCUUCCAUAAAAUGUCAAUGUCUUAGCUUUCCUAGAAAAGGUCAAUCAAGCAGUAUUUUAUCCACCCAAAUUUUAACGAGACCACUCUGGACUCUGACACUGCCCUGCUGCAUCUGGCUGAGCUCUUGGAAUUCACCCUCUCCGUGCUCCCGGUGUGCCUCCCUGCCGGGGAGGAGGUGCUGCAGCCCUCGAGGAUGUGUGUGGUCACAGGGUGAGGUACACCUGAAGGAGACAGAGGAAAGGGGAAAAAACUGCAGCAGCUGGAAGUCUCCAUCCUGGCACCUGACAUAUGUCAGAGCUAUUACAUAAACCUUCCCAGUAAAGUGAUCCUGGGGAUGAUCUGUGCAAGAUUCCCUCUGGAGGAUGGCAAGGACUCUUGUGCAGGUGAUUCUGGAGGCCCAUUAGUUUGUCCUUCAGGAGACAACUCGGGGUUUUACACUCUCCAUGGAAUCACUAGCUGGGGCUUGGGAUGUGGAAGGAAGAAAUACCCAGGUGAAUACACCAAUAUUCAUUUUUUUGGUUUUUUUUUUAACUGGAUCAAGAUGAGUAUUAAUAGUAGUGGUAUGUAUGAAAAAAAAACCCAACAAAACAACCAUUAAAUUAAUCCUUUUGCUAUUGUUAGAUGAUUAAUUUGAGGUCUUUUCCAGGGUGCCAUUUUUAUAUUUGGGUGUCCAGCACUCCCUGAGGUCUUGGCUGUUUAAAAUAUCCCUAGCUGAAUGCCCAAAAAAGAAGCAAACUUAAAUCAGCAGUAACUUCUGAAAAUCUUAUUUCUUCCAGUUGUAUCAUUAUUCUUCCACUCUCUACUGCAUUUCAUGUGUGGAUGAAUGUUUUCCUUGCUGUGGCUUUGCAACUUCAUUUCUCAGGGUUGGGAGGAAGUAGAGGAGCAGGAACUGACACAUGGUGGCAGCUGAGUCCACUUUGACAAGUUUACAGCCUGUCUUCAUUGAUGAACUUUGCAGAGUUUGCCCUGUUUUAUUCUUCUUCUUUUUUUUCCUGAGCUCCCCAUUUUUAUUGUGUGACUGUCAAAAGAACAGUUCUGAUGGAUCCCAUUGUAAAACAUUCCCAAAACACAAAUGUCAUUGAAAACAAAAUUUGGUGGGAGCAUGCAGGUUUCUUGGACUGAUGAACAGAUUCCAGAGUAGCUGAUACUUACCCUGGGGAAUUUACUACUGAUUUACCUGAACUGAGAGUUUGGCUUUUCACGUGUGUUGGAGCAGUCACAAAUUACCUGCAGCCUUCUGACACUCUGUUAAUCCAUUUUAGAAGGGAAAAGAGGGAAAAUAAGCCACAUGAGCCAAGCAUGUCCUUGAAUGUAGUGCUGGAGACUGUAAAAAUACUGCAGGAUAUUUUUAACACAGUUUCUGGUUUUACAAAUUGUUUGGUGUUCAAACAAAAGUGUUUGAAAAGACAGGUGUUACAGGCCAAGGGACCAUGCAAGAACUCAUAGCUAUCCUAAUUAAUCUGUGCAUUAACUUGUAACUAGCAGUUUGCUUAAUGGCCAAAAGGCUGUUCACACAGAAAUCUGUGGUGACAGGCUCCAGUCAGCUUUGCAGACCCUUCUGCUCUCAGCUGUAGUGUUUAAAACUAGAUUAGUAGGACAGUACAACAGGUAGCAAAAGAAUAAUCCUCCUUUGACCCAAUGGUCCAGAUAAUAACUAAAAGAAGGAAUUGCCAGGCGUUGGAAGGGGCUGCCCGUGGGGUCACCGUCCCUGGCGGUGUCUAAGGAAAGGCUGGACGCGGUGGUGUCCGCUCACAGUUUGGCCUCGGGGAUCUCAGAGCCCUUUCCCAACCCCAUCGAUCCUGUGAAACCAAGAGCUCGGCUCUCGGGGCAGCCUGACCCGCCCGGCCUGAGGGCGGAGCGGGCUCCCCGGAGCGCCUGGGCCCGGGCGGCACCGGGAGGAGGAACCGGGAGGCGGCACCCGAGGAGGAAGCGGGAGGAGGAACCCGAGGGAGGAUCAGGAGGCGGCACCCGAGGAGGAACCGGGAGGAGGAACCCGAGGGA